AUGGUUGAGUUAAGCGAAAUAGAGGCGACUUACUACUUAAACAUAGCUCUGAGAGAAGCUGAAAAAAGCUUGCACAAAGAGUUGAAGGAAAUGCCGAUUUUCUGUUUACUAAUAAACGAGAAAAGGGAAAUUAUAUCAAGCUCCUACAAUUACACGAACGAAUCAAAAAAUGGCUGUCGACACUGUGAACUUAUUGCGAUAGAUAAGUAUAUUUAUGGUGAAAAUUAUGAGAAAAUGAAAAAUUUGAAUUUGAUAAAAUGUUUUAACAAUGAUCGAAAUGAUAUAGAAAAUUCGAUAAUGAGUUAUUUUAUGAACCCAUAUAUAUUCCAAAAAAUAAAUGAAACAAAUGGAUGCAUUUAUAUAAAUGAGAAUGGUACUGAUGAAACACAAAAGGAAAAUUAUUUAUCAAAUCAGAAAUAUACUGACAGUAAUAAUGAUUCUUAUUUAAACAUUACUGAAAAAGAAGUUGAUGUAAAAAAAAAGAUAGAAAAACUUAAGAACUGCUGUAUUGUUGUCACAUGCGAGCCAUGUAUCAUGUGUGUAUAUGCGAUAAAACUAGUAGGAAUAAAAAAUAUUUACUUUUGUUGUCUGAACGAGCGUUUUGGAGGAUGUGGCUCCGUUCUUUCUUUGCAAAAAAUAUACGAUAUAAAUGUGAACUACAUCGAAUGUGAUCAACUGACAAAGAGAAGUAUUAGCCUUAUGAAAUCCUUUUACAGAGCUGGAAACCCAUCAGCACCUGAAGAAAAGAGAAAAAGAGCAUUGUCCUAA